UCGCAGGUUGAAUCCUGAUGUAUGAAUUGCAAAUGUUUAACGUGGAGGUUUCUUUUUUAAUGUCAUUUUACGCAAACUCAACAGUACAAAUACUGCAAAACGACAUAAUUGAUGAGUGGCAACUGACACAGAGGAAGUAGACCUCCUUCUUAGCACAUGUCAAAGUGCCCUUGAGCAAAACACUGUUCUUUUCAUAACCUGGCAACUCCAGACUGGUUCUUAUGGACAAAUCUAUCAAGCUUCAGUAAAUAGUUUACUAUGACUUCCAUUCAACCAUUACAAUUCAAAUGACUGAUUUUAUUCAACAUUAUGGAUGAUAAAUAUCUAGCAAUAGGGAUGAGUGUAAAGUUGACCUUAGAUAAGCUCCAACUUUGAGGGUUAAAAUUGGAAAUGCCUGUGAAAAUAACCUUGGUUGUCAUUAAAUUGGCAAAGUUAUAAGAGCGCCUUGUAAAGCCUGGCUGGAGAAGGAUGGGAGGCCCAGUUUUGGGUGGACGGGGUCAAAUAUAUAACAUCAGUCCAACCACACUGUUUUCAGCACCACGUCCUUGGAUUCUUCCUUCGUUGGGCGCUGCCUGUCAGGAGAAUGUUCCUGACGUGCCGCUCGCCGGCCAGUCGAGUUCUCUCCAGCGUGAAAGGGACUUCGUACACCCUUGAAGAUGUAGCGUUGUGUUUCUUGAAAUGUGUUCAUUUUGUCAUUUUAUGUCCUGUAGAACUACUAGGCAUUCACAUCUAACCAUGCAUUUAAACUACUAGAAGUAGGCAUAGCAAAACUAGAGAGGUGUCACAGUCCAGAGCUUCAUAUUGGGAGAAGCAUCAGCAUCUGGAGUCCCAUGGAGGAAAUGUCGGUAUGCACGGCUGCUCUGCAGCAGCAUUUACAGGCACCAGGUGAAAUAUUGACAAUGUAAUCUCCUCAUUCGUCGCGAUGCUGUAAACUCGGGGUACAGCAGAUGGUGGCGUUUACCUUUCUCCCUGUUGCCCGCCAUUAAAACUAGAGAAGAAGAAGAAGCGCCUCAGCAGCUGGGCAAUGACGUAAUGCACACCGUCAUGGAACCACAACACCGGGGACGAGGAGAAGAUCGACCGUGAGCGCGAGCCGGUGCCCCCGACGUGAGCCGUCACCGGGGCCGAGUCCCGUUGCGUCACUCCGUUAAAGCCCCACCGCUCGUUGCGAUGAAUAACGUUAGCAAACGAUAACACGUAGCGGUGCUAAACAUGGCCAUCAGUGCGAAGGAGGCAGCCUUGAGUCUGAAGAAUAUAUGUUUCCAAGGUGUCAGGAAACAUUUCGCCGCUGUGGGCGUCGAGGCUGUUCUCGGUCUUCCAACGCCUCUCAUUAGGGACCUCCUCCCUCAUCUGACAGUAUGUCAGCUGGAUGAGCUCCAGCCUGCCCUCAACCAGAGAGGGUUGUCAACUCACCCCGGGUGGAUUAGCGUCCUACAGGACAUGUGUGGACCUAACCACGUAACGGACUUUGACACAGAAGAGGAGGCCAAACACGAAGUAAUGAGGAUGCUUUUCACUCUCGUGUUCUACGGCUUCACCAACCCCUUCGUCAAAAGGAACAUUGCCAAUUUGAACACGCCGUCCUUCCUGUGGGCGGCAGCGAAAUGCAUCAAACAUUUUCUGCUCACUACGCCAGUUGAGAGUUUAACCGCCGAGCGGCGACCUCUCCUGAACCUCCUAGAGAAGCGUAUCUGGAGCGUUGGCGUGUCUCAGAGCAUCGACAUAUCAAAGAGGAGAACCCAAACUGCGUUGUACGUCCUCCAUCGCUUGCUGGACCACGGGGUGGCCAAGAAAAUUGUGGUUCAUGUGCAGUGUCCCAUAGUGCUGGCCUGGAUCCUGCACGGCAGGGGAUCUCAGUAUGUAAAUCCGGAUCUCAAGGAGCUGCUGGAGAGCAAAAAGGCGAGCUGUGUGUCACAAACCGCUUCAGCCAGUGCAGACGGGGCCGGCGGCGGUUCCGGCCUUGGGACCGGGGCGCCGGAGGAACAAGUCACCCCCUGCAAACGCUCCAAGUUGGACUCUGCGGAGGAAUCCGGGAGAUCACACUUUACGUUGGACCCGCAGGUUCUCUGUCGGACCUUCACUCCGCGGGACGGCCCCUCGGCGGGGGCGUGUCCAUGGGGGCGGAUCGAUUGUCUGGACAUCAGGCAGUGUGGGUCCGACUCCCUCAGAGUGCUGAACUCGGCUCUGCCCACAUUCUUCUGCCUUCGCUCUCUGACUCUCCACAGCUUCUUGACCUUCAGAGACUCGGAUGUGUUGUCGUUGGCCAAAGCCCUGAAGCAGCUGUCGGACAGCUCCCACAGCUCUCUGGCCGACCUGAGCGUCAGCGUCCUGCCGUGCACGUGGCUCGUGGAGGUCCUGCUGGAUGCGAGCCCCAACCUCACCUCCCUGACCGCCGAGAUCCAGACUCUGAUGUGGGGGCAGCGCCUCCUACCGCAGCGCCCAAGAGCCGCGGGGUCGGGCAUCUCAGCAGAGCGGCUGCCCCUGGAGAAGCUGGACAUCAAAGUGGCCGAGCUGCAGACAGAUCUGCGCUUCGUCACGUCCGUGCUGAGACGCUGUCCACAGUUCACCUCGCUUCGCCUCGCCGGGAUCCGAUUACCAAGCGGCUCCUCUCUAAGCCAACUCUUUACCACUCUCUCAGAGUCCAAUCCCCUCUUGAGGAGUCUCAACUUGGAGGACCUGAAGCUGUCUGAUUGUCUCCCUGAGAUCCUGAAUCUAUUGACAGACUGCAAGUUGGAAGAGCUGCGCUUUAAUGACUGCCGCCUCCUGGAGCAGUGGAGCAACAAGGAGGAGAGCCUCCAGCGGCUGGUGGAGGCUCUGAAGGCGGUGCCCUCCCUCCACGCGCUCAGCCUGGCUCAGAAUCGUCUGGCCAAGAACGUGUGUGUGCUGGCCGAGCUGUUUUCAGGACCGGCGCCGGGCUCCGUGAAGCGGCUGGACGUCAGUUCCAACUUCAUCCAGCCUGCCGAGCUGCUGGAGUUUGCCAAGAGAUUGAGGACCCAUCGUCCACCACACCGGCUGACCCUUGACCUCAGGGUAAACCCAGGGGACCGAGACCCCGACACGUGGAACGCCGCCCUGAAGAGGCUUCGUCCGUUCUGUGUUCUACUGGUUAAAGGAUGGAGCUCCACUGACACGAUGGCUGACCACAUCAGCAAUAUGUGAAGAAAGCCGUGCGAGUGUCAACGCAGCAGAGUUACUACUGUCCGUCAUAGUUUAAAAAGAAAUGCUUUUACAUUGUUUUGCUUUGUAAUUACUUAUGUGACACAUCGAUAUGCAUGUUAUUUUUUUAUCAAACGUAACAUUUUCUUCACUUGUAUCAGCCAGCUUAAUGGCUUAGUUGGAAAAUAAAAGAACACAGCGUUA